GCAUCUCUGAAACGUCCGUCCAUGUAAACGUAGCUUCUGAAAUUUAGCCCCUCCUCACUGUUGCCAGUCCAGCGCUCUCGUUGGCUUCUUUCCCUUUUCUGCUGUUGGGUCUGCAUUCUCCGUGUCGCUUACGUUGCCUUGUACCUCUUCUGUGCGUCUGUGCACCUUCAUCGCAUCAUCAUCUGACGCACCGGGGUAAGGACAGCGAAGGAAGUUCGAACAGAGCCGCAAAACAGGAACGACCCCCCCCCCUUCCCACACACACGCACACUCGAUCAAGUGCAGCACCUCAACAACAGAAACGUUCUCCGUGGUUUUACCUUCCCUUUAUUCAUCUGAUCUCGUUGGUGUUGCGACUGCUCCUUUUUUUUUUGCUUCUUCCUUCUUUUGCUUCUCACGUUAGUUUUGGCGCCCACGCCUGUGUAAAGAAGCCGGCCUCUUGUUGCUGUUGUUUAGAGUACACAGAGACAAGAAAAGUAUGCAGCAAUGUAUCGCACGUCACCCUUCAGCGCAGCUCACGCUGCUCGGCACACGCAUCGGGGCGAAGGUCGCGAAGGCCGUCUUGAUGUCCGUCGCCGCCGGUCGGCUGACUCCUGAGGUUCUCAGUGAGGCCCUUCAGUCCUCGUCCACUGUCCGCGGCCAUGUCCAACGCGAAGCCGUAAAGCUGCUCGUGGUGCGUGUCUCGAUGCGCACCCCCCAGCAGCUGCAAUGGCUGCUGCAGCUCGUUGGUGACUGCCUUGGUGGGCUGUCGUUGACGGGCGCCAUCAGCUCCCUCACGCAGCGGUCCUUGAUGUACCAAGUCGCGAACUUCGGCAUGCGAGGAUCGGCCGCGUCCGCGAUCACCACCGCUGCCGUGCAAAUCGGUCUCACGACGUGCACACUGGUGACCACCAACGCCGCCUUUUGGCGCAAAGGGGAUCACAAGAUGUCGAUGCAGCAGUACCGGUACGAGCUGCUCACUUCGUUUUACACCGGCGUCGGCUCGGUGGCGGGCGGUGCGGCAGGCGCCGCGGCGGGCUCGAUGGUGAUGCCGGGAUUAGGCACCGCCUUUGGCUCCGUCCUCUGCUCCGUAGGCGUCGGCUACGUGCCCGGCUACCUGCGCGACAAGCGCGGACCCGAUGAUCGUCGACGUCAGCAGGCGAUGGAGCUGCAGCAGUACACCCCGCUGCGCAUGCUCGACACCCACGAAGAGGCGGUGCUGAUGUACAAGGAGGAGCUGGUGGAGACGGUGGCGGCAACGUGUACCACUACUACCGCUGCUACUGCGGCAGCGAAUAUCACAGCCCAUGCUGUCGCACCCACGACAUCGGCGGCGCCCGCCUCUUCCAACCCGGCCGAGCCGUCGCAGCCUGCGUCGACAGAAGUGAAAAGCGCCAGCAGCGAGGAGGACGCAGCUGAGGAAGAGGGCGAGGUUGUUUGGCUGGACUUGGUUCGGGCCACGAUCCCUUCGUCUACCACAGCGGCUCCGGCCUCCUUUACGAGUACGGCGGGGCACACGGAGGAGCGCGCUGGCUCACACGCCACCAGCCCGGCAAGCGCGUCCGCUUCCUCGUGGGAUGGUGUUGGGGAGGAAGCGAGACUGCGCGAGGGGACGACCGGCAUGCGCAGCUUUCUGCGCUUCAGCCCUUCCUUCGGUCUGCCGACGUCUGCGCGCGAGGCGGUGGACGGACAUGCCGAGGCUGCGGUGCUUUCGGUGUCAUCUUCCGUGGACGAUGUUGUAGAGGGCACCGCAGGAGCAGGUGGAGCCGGAGGAGAAGGCGACUGCACUGAACGCUUCCAAGGGCACGCAAAGUACAUCUCAGUGGCAACAGCAGAGGAGCUGGAGGCGGCGGUGGCGAAGUUUGGUGGUGAGGACGACUUGAUGCUCGUCUUUGCUGAGAAGAAGUAG